AUGACGAAGACCAGCCUGGACCUCCAUAAGCCACAGCCUAGGAGCACAGUGCCUGGUGCACAGAAGGACCUCAAUACAAUUAAACUGACUUAUAGAGCCUGCAGCACUUGCCCUGAAACAGGCAGAUAUCAGCCGUGGCGGGGAAAAGGACACGGGGUGCGACGGGCUCGAGCAGGCCCGCUGCAGCUUCGCCCGCACCCCCGGGCCAGCCCACGGGCUCCCCGAGUCAGAAAAGGAACAAUAGCGGACCCUCGGUCGCCGGAGCCUUCCAGAAUCUCCCGCUUGCACCUUCCCCCCGGCUCCUCCAAGUUCAGCGUGGAGCCUGGUCAAGCCCAGAAGCGAGGACCUGGGGGGGGUGGGGGGGCGCGGGGCCACCAGGCAGGUGGGACCCGGCGCCGCCUCGCCGCCCCCCAGGACGCCCUGCAGGGCUGGCCAUUCAUUCCCGCCCGCGCCUCGCCGCCGGCCCGCGAGGGGCGGUGGGGGACGGGCAGGAGCAAAGCCCGCUCCCAACUUGGCCGGGUCGUCCUCCCUCUGCAGACAGUGGGCGCCGGCGGCGGGCCGGGGAGCCGUGGCGGGACCCUCACUGCCCCCGCGCUCAGCCGCUCCACCGGGCGCGCCGUUCCUCGCCGGAGCCCCAGACACAAAGGCGGGCGGCGAGCCGGCUCCCCGCUCCGGGCAGAGCCUCCCGACCCGCGGCGCGGCGCACUCACCCCAUCCAGGCGGCGGCGGCGGCAGCUCCCGGCCCGCGCUGGCUGCGCCGCUCCGCCCGCCGCUUCCCCAGGAAAGCGCGGCCGCCGGGCUUGCUUCCUGCGCGGCUUCCUGCGCCGCGGUCCCUCCUCCUCCCCCGCUGCGGGGGUCAGUGGGCGCCGCGGCUCCCGGGCUGGGCCGGCGGGGCGGGGGCAGCCGCAGCACCACCACGUGGCCGCCCGGCGCCGGCCCCCGCCGACCUGGAUCCAGCCGGAGCGAGAAGGGAGGUGCUCGCCUCUCCCCUCCCCUUCCACCCCGCGCGGCCCCAAAUUCCGCGAGUCAGACUUCUCGCACAGAAGGGAAGCUAGAAUCCGCUCCUCUGGACUGGCUGGAGUGACUGCUCACACUCAUCAGGUGGCGAGAGAAAACUGCGGGAGUGAAGCGCUGCUCUGCCCCGGAGGUAGGAGAAAUCUACCGCCGGAGCUGAGAGGCGCGAGUGGGGGGGCGUCCUCGGCGCGGGGUCCGGGCUGCUCGCAGGGCGGGUCUUACCCACCCGCCCCCAGGCCCCCCGCAGCGUCUUUCGCAUCUCCCGCCGGCCAAAACCGGCAUUUGAAUCUUAAUGGACUCUUCUGUAAUUCCUGGGAUUUCAGAGCUCUCCACCUACUCGUUAAAUUGAGGCUGCUUUUCCAUACACCCUUGUCUUGCUAACCAGCUAUGGCUCAGAAAGUCUUUAUUCACCCAAGCCCCUCCCGUCUCCAGGUUAGCUCUGCAUCCUCAACGCGGGGGCAGGAAGCCUUCUAGAAUGAACGACACGGGUCCUUUCAGGUGGGAUCCACUGUAAGUCAUUUGAACUUCAAAAAAAUUAAUUUCAACGAAGUGAAAUUCACCCCAGCAUAGUUGUUUUAAGUGUCUUGGCUGUAUCUUGAUGGCCUAGACGUUAGAAUUUGUUUUCCCCGCCCCUCAGGGAACACCCUGUCUAGCUUUAACAGGUAACUUGUAUCAUAGGAAGCAACUGUGAAGUAGCUGUGCAGCAUGGUCCUCCUAAGUCAUCUAUCAGAGAGUCUUUCGGAAAGUGAUGAAUAGCCCGUUUAAAGCAAGCCACACACUCUUCCUGUCCUUUAUCCCUCGUGAAUAAAAUGACACUCUGAAAGAAAA